AUGUUGGUAGGGUCUUCCAUUGUGGCUAAUGCCAUUUUGGAAGAUUAUAAGGUGCUGGGCCGCCGCGAGGAGGAGGCUGCUUGUAUGCGGGCGGAAGCCGAGAAGUUGGUGCGUACCCUUGCUAAACUCCUUGCUGAUGAGCGUAAGCGUUGGGAGGAAAUUUCAUCCAACGAGCGCAAGAAGUGGAACGAAUCUUGGGCUAAGCAGAACAAUCUUCUGUUUCAUACUCGGCAGGAGCUAGCAAAAGCCAAGGCGGCAAAUGUUGCCUUGGGCAAUGAAAAAACUGCGGCUGAGGCCGCAGCAGCUAAAGCGCUGCAGGCAAAGGAUGAGGCCCUGAAGGCGCUUGAAGAGGCCAAAGCAGCCGGGGCUCGUGCCUCAAAGGCCCUUGAGGAGGCCGUGGAGAAGGAGAGCCGUUCUUCCAAGGCUCUGGAAGAGGUGAAUGCGGAGCGCAUUCGUUUGGAUAAGGUUGUUUCCAGCCUUCAGGCUGAGGUUCAGUCCCGGGCGGUUGCGGUUACGGACCUUACUGCCCGCGUGUCUGAUGCGGAGAAGCGAGCCGACGCUGCCGUUGAGGCCAAGGAUGUCUUGGUGUCCUCUUUUAACCAGCUGGAAGCUGAUCGUGAGUGGCUGCGGACUCACGGCAUUGCGCGUAUUGUCGAGGCUAUCAUGAAUGCCCCUGAGACCUCAUCAGGUUUGGACCUGGUUAAGGAACGUGCGCGUGAUGCUGGCUUCAAGGCUGGUUUUAACCGCUGCAUUGGGCACAUCAAUGUACUAUCCGCAGGCGGUUAAACCGAUCAGGCAUCCGGGUUCCGUGAUGUGGAUACCGAGGGUCGUCUGAAAGCGGCCGUAGCCUCCUUUUAUGACACGCCCCUUGCCUGUGUAGGGGAGCUGGAUGAGUGUUUGGAGGUU